AUGGGGCCUCCCCAUCAGCCCACAGUGGGCCCAAAUUCCUGGGCUGUGGUCCGGGCUGAGACAAGGGGUAUGAAGCCUAUUUUUGUCAAGAGUGUCCCACGAAAACCUUAUGAAUGUAACCAAUGUGGUAAAGCCUUUGCAUGUAGCAGUAGACUUCUAGUACAUAAAAGAACUCACAGUGGAGAGAAACCUUAUGAAUGUAACCAAUGUCAUAAAGCCUUUGCAUUCAAGAGUAGUCUUCUAGUACAUAAAAGAACUCACACUGGAGAGAAACCUUAUGAAUGCAUCCAAUGUGGUAAAGUCUUUGCACAGAACAGUAGUCUUCUAGUACAUAAAAGAACUCACACUGGAGAGAAACCUUAUGAAUGUAACCAAUGUGGUAAAGCCUUUGCAUGUAACACUGGUCUCCUAGUACAUAAAAGAACUCACAAUGGAGAGAAACCUUAUGAAUGUAACCAAUGGGGUAAAGCC